AUGUCGACCUGGGUGCAGGUUUUUUCCGACGAGACGGUCGAGACGGUUGAGACCUCAACUCGUGUGCGAGUGCUCGGUCACGACUUACACUUGACUUUGGUUAUGCAAGAAGAUGAGCUCGCGGGCACGAUCCUAUGGGACGCUGCAGUGCAUUUGACCCGUCGUGUUUUGACCCGAUAUCGCUGCCAACUGGAAGAUCCGACCAACUCGUUGCGGGUCCUCGAACUCGGUGCUGGCAUCGGUGUGCCAGGUAUGGCUGCUCGAAUAGCAGGGGCCAAGCACGUGGUGCUUACAGAGCAGGAAGAGCUGCUGCGUCUGCUGCACAUGAAUUUGGCAGCCAACCAAGAGGUACUACGUCACCCUAAUGCAGCUGUAGAGGCCGACGAAACUGUCGAUGCUAAGGAAGGAAUCGUGGCGAGACCGCUAAGCUGGGGCGUGCAGCAGACCAUGGAGUAUUUGGCUCAGUACCCUGACGAGAAAGUGGAUGUGGUGCUGUCGUGCGACUGCAUCUACGAGCCGCUUUAUGGUACGUCUUGGCAGGCAUUGGCGCAGACGAUGGAGCUGCUGUGUGGGGCGAAUCCCGAGUGUGUAGUGCUCGUGUGUGUUGAACGUCGCAAUCAAGACGGUGUUGACAACUUCCUCGAGUUCGUGGAGAAGGAGACAAAACUCAUGUGCAAGCUGGACGAGCAAACGACUGGCACCGACGACAAUCAAUUAGAGGUGUACAUUCUGGGUCUUUCUGCUCGUACGUGA